AUGACAAAAGUGCAUAUGACAAUCAAUUAUGAAAACGACGACGAUGAUUUCAAAUACAGCAAGAACAAGUUUAAGACGGCUACCACUCGAAUAAAAAGUGAUCAACCUAGUGAGGGGUGGUUGGGCCCUUCUGAAUCUUCACUAGCACACAUAAGCACGAUACCCGAAGGAGGAGACGUUCACGUGCAUGAACAUGAGGAUGGAGAAUCGUUCAUUGAUGAGGACUCAAGAACUCACCUGCUGUUUUCCACGGAAACUCGACGUAAGUUAGAGAAUAGACACGUCCAGUUAAUUGCUAUUUCCGGUGUCAUUGGUACGGCGCUAUUUGUGGCCAUCGGAAAAGCUUUAUAUCGUGGAGGCCCCGCUUCUUUACUUUUAGCGUUUGCACUUUGGUGCGUUCCCAUACUUUGCAUUACGGUAUCAACGGCAGAAAUGGUCUGCUUUUUUCCUGUAAGUUCACCCUUUUUGAGAUUAGCUACGAAAUGCGUGGACGAUUCAUUCGCCGUCAUGGCCAGCUGGAAUUUCUGGUUUCUAGAAUGUGUACAAAUUCCGUUUGAAAUCGUCUCUGUCAAUACAAUUAUACAUUAUUGGAGAGACGACUAUUCUGCUGGUAUACCGCUUGCUGUUCAAGUCGUGUUAUACUUGCUCAUUUCGAUUUGUGCGGUCAAAUAUUACGGUGAAAUGGAAUUUUGGCUGGCCUCUUUCAAGAUUAUUCUCGCGCUUGGUCUAUUCAUCUUUACUUUCAUCACGAUGUUAGGUGGUAACCCCAAACAUGAUCGUUAUGGGUUUCGUAAUUAUGGAGAAAGCCCAUUCAAGAAAUACUUUCCCGAUGGUAAAGAUGUGGGAAAAUCCUCAGGUUAUUUUCAGGGGUUUCUUGCCUGUCUGAUUCAGGCGUCGUUUACCAUAGCUGGUGGUGAGUAUAUUUCCAUGCUAGCUGGAGAAGUUAAACGACCUAGAAAGGUCUUACCAAAGGCGUUUAAACAAGUGUUUGUGAGAUUAACAUUCCUAUUUUUAGGAAGUUGUCUUUGCGUUGGUAUUGUUUGUUCACCAAAUGAUCCUGAUCUAACAGCGGCAAUUAAUGAAGCAAGGCCUGGCGCCGGUUCUUCACCUUAUGUCAUUGCAAUGAAUAACCUUAAGAUUAGAAUUUUACCCGACAUUGUUAAUAUAGCUUUGAUAACAGCGGCAUUCUCUGCUGGUAACGCUUACACUUAUUGUUCAUCUAGAACAUUUUAUGGUAUGGCAUUAGAUGGCUACGCUCCAAAACUUUUUACUAGAUGUAAUAGGCAUGGUGUGCCCAUUUAUUCUGUCGCUAUUUCUUUAGUGUGGGCUCUAGUGAGUCUUCUGCAACUAAAUUCUAAUAGUGCGGUCGUGCUAAACUGGUUAAUCAACUUGAUCACUGCAUCUCAGCUAAUUAAUUUUGUGGUACUUUGUAUCACGUAUUUAUUCUUCAGAAGGGCUUACCACGUCCAACAAGAUUCAUUACCCAAAUUGCCGUUUCGUUCAUGGGGUCAACCCUACACUGCCAUCAUUGGACUGGUCUCGUGUUCAGCAAUGAUUUUGAUACAGGGCUAUACUGUUUUCUUUCCUAAAUUAUGGAGUACACAAGAUUUUUUGUUUUCAUAUUUAAUGGUGUUUAUAAACAUCGGAAUUUAUGUGGGUUAUAAAUUCAUUUGGAAGCGUGGUAAAGAUAAAUUCAAAAAUCCCCACGAGAUUGAUUUUUCCAAAGAGUUGGUAGAAAUUGAAAAUCACGAAAUCGAGAGUUCCUUUGAAAAGUUUCAGUAUUAUAGCAAAGCAUAA